UUCGCUGCAAUAUAUACAAAAGAAAGUGGACAUUAAAUGAUAAAACCCCAUCAAGAAGAAGAUCUAAACACUUCUGAGAAUCCUUUUGCUCUUUCUUACCACCGACAUUGUAAGAGAUAAAAAGCUCUCAAAAGAAAAAGGAAAAAGAAGACAGAGACUGGAGAGAGAGAGAAAGUAGGAGCUUUACGUAAAGAAAGAAAUAGAGAAAGAAAGAUUUGGUUAUCUCUUUGUUGAAGUUUUCUCAUCCUAGUGCAUUUCAGUCCCAUUUCUUCAUUCUUAUCAAGAACCCCAUUUGGUUUUAGAGAGAGUGAGAGAUGGGAGAGUGUAAGAGUUUUUGUUCAUUGAUAUUGGUGUUCUUGCUAGUGGCCUGUGCAAGUGGUGAAGACCCUUACAGGUUCUUUAACUGGAAUGUCACCUAUGGUGAUAUCUACCCUCUUGGAGUGAAACAACAGGGCAUAUUGAUUAAUGGGCAAUUUCCAGGGCCUCAAAUUGACUCUGUCACCAAUGAUAACUUGAUUAUUAGUGUCUUCAAUAGCUUGGACGAGCCAUUUCUUCUCUCUUGGAAUGGUAUACAGCAGAGAAGGAACUCUUGGCAGGAUGGAGUCUAUGGUACAAACUGCCCCAUCCCACCUGGGAAGAACUUCACUUAUGUUCUCCAAGUCAAGGAUCAGAUUGGUAGCUACUUCUACUUCCCUUCCCUUGGCUUACACAAGGCUGCAGGAGGGUAUGGUGGAUUUCAAAUUGCUAGCCGCUCAGUCAUUCCUGUACCUUUCCCACCUCCUGCAGGAGAUUAUACCAUCUUGGCCGGUGAUUGGUACAAGCAAAAUCACACUGAUUUGAAAGCAAUCUUAGACGGUGGGAGUGAUCUUCCCUUCCCUGAUGGGCUUCUUAUCAAUGGUCGUGGUUCAAAUGGGUUCACAUUCAAUGUUGAUCAAGGUAAAACUUACAGGUUCUGGAUAUCAAAUGUGGGGCUUACAACCUCGAUUAAUUUCAGAAUUCAGGGGCACAAAAUGUUAUUGGUAGAGGUGGAAGGAACCCACUCACUCCAGAACACUUACGAUUCCCUUGACAUCCAUUUGGGUCAAUCCUACUCUGUAUUAGUUACAGCUGAUCAACCAGCACAAGAUUACUACAUUGUUGUGUCAACGCGUUUUACUUCCCAAGUGCUCACAACAACCUCCAUUCUUCAUUACAGUAACUCCGCAGGGAGUGUUUCUGGCCCUCCCCCUGGUGGGCCAACAACUCAGAUCGAUUGGUCUCUUGAACAAGCCCGAUCUGUCAGACGGAAUCUCACAGCAAGUGGGCCACGACCUAAUCCUCAAGGUUCUUACCAUUAUGGAAUGAUCAACACCACACGCACAAUAAGACUCGCAAACUCUGCUCCAAUUAUCAAUGGCAAGCAGAGAUAUGCUGUCAAUGGUGUCUCUUUCAUCCCAGCUGAUACGCCACUUAAGCUUGCUGACUACUUCAAGAUCUCAGGGAUAUUUUCCCUUGGAAGCGUUUCAGACGGUCCCACUGGUGGAAGUGGUUAUCUCCAGACUUCUGUCAUGGCUGCUGAUUUCAGAGGUUAUGUUGAAAUUGUAUUUGAGAAUGCUGAAGACACUGUGCAAUCAUGGCACAUAGAUGGCCAUAGCUUUUUUGUUGUAGGGAUGGAUGGAGGGCAGUGGUCAUCUGCAAACCGACUGAGUUACAAUUUAAGAGACACAAUUUCUCGUAGCACUGUUCAGGUGUAUCCCAACUCAUGGACUGCAAUUUACAUGCCUUUGGACAAUGUGGGAAUGUGGAAUGUAAGGUCUGAGAACUGGGCUCGCCAGUAUUUAGGCCAGCAAUUCUAUCUCCGUGUCUAUUCCCCAGCAAAUUCAUGGAGAGAUGAAUAUCCGAUUCCAACGAAUGCUCUUCUAUGUGGACGGGCACUAGGCCAUAGUACACGCCCUCAGUAAACUGGCGUAAUUGUAUUUUUGAAGAACUGUCAUGAGUGUUUGCCAAUGUAUUGGAUGUGAACUAGGAGAGGAUAUCCCAGCCGAAGAUGUAGUUAGGGCUUGACUCGAGCCCUUUUCACCCGUGUUAUUCUUUUGCAUUAGUUUAUUGAAAAACCAUUAUUAGAUUACUCCCAUUGCAGGAUUUGUUUCUUAGAUGUGUUAUCCAAAUUAAAGUCAUCAGAGUUAAUAUGUAAUUUUUUUCUUUUUCUUUUUUUGUUUGGCGGCGGGGCGGGGGGGUUGUUGGUGAGUUAGCACAAGUUUACUCCUUUGACUCGCUCUUUUUUCCAAUUAUCAUUUUGUAUGUAUGAUGCUGGCGAAUAUAGCUUAAAGUGAUUUUUUCAGUCUA